CGAAGUCAAACCUGUGAUAGACCGUGUUCAUUUUGUUUGUCUGAUCGUCCAAAGAAUAGCAUACAUUCAGUCAACAUGGGUAGCAUCAACGAAGAAGCGGCGCUACCAACUAUCGACAUUAGCGCGUUGCUGUCGCCGACGGCUUCGGAGGAGGCGCGCCAGGCUGUUGUCGAGAGUAUGAGUAAUGCUUGCCAUACAUAUGGCUUCUUCAACCUCGUCGGCCACGGCAUACCGCAAGAUGCCCUACGAGAUGCUCUUGAAUGCAACAAGUUAUUCUUCGCCUUACCCGAGGACAAGAAGAUGGAGGUUUCCAUCAAAAAGUCUGUUGGUCGCUCAUUCAGAGGCUACGAGCCUCCCGGUAUCCAGACCCAUCAUGAUGGUCUGUUGCCUGACACCAAAGAGACUUUCAUGGUAGGGCGGGAGGUCAGUGAAAACGACCCCGACUACGGCUCCUUCUCUACUGGACCAAACCAGUGGCCCUCCAACAUGCAUGAGGAGAAGUUCCAAGGCCGUGUAAUGGACUAUCAAAAGAGGAUGUUGGGGCUUGUAAAAGAAAUUCUUGACAUCCUGGCUCUUGGUCUUCCGAAAGACUGGAAAUGCCCGUCAAAUGUUUUUGACCCGCUUCUCAACGAGCCGUCCAUUCCAAUGAGAUAUCUUCACUACGGACCCAUCGAGGUCCAUAACUCCCGCCAAUUUGGAGUGGCCGAUCACACCGAUUUUGGAUUUGUGUCAAUCCUACUUCAGGAGGCAGGCACUUCAGGUCUUGAGGUGUUCUACCCGCCGUUGGAGACGUGGGUGCCUGUGCCUGUGGUUCGGGAAGGCUUCGUCAUCAAUAUGGGCGAUAUGAUGCAGAUGUACACGGGAGGUUAUUACCGCAGCGCUCGCCAUCGCGUGUUGACUAAUCGAGACAAGCACCGCCACAGCGUUGCGUUCUUCCUGAAUGGAAACCUGAAGCUCAAUGUGAAGGCACUGGACGGCUCUGGCGUGGAAACGGUGGUAGGUGAGCAGAUACAGCAGCGACUGAUUGAGACUAUGGGAGAAACGGGCAAUUUGCUCAAACGCCAGGUAGUGAGUCCUUAG